UUGGCUGAGUCCUCCAGGGCGGCGGGACGCGGCGACCGCUCGGUGACGGCAGGCAGGCAGGUGCGUUUCAGCUGAGUCGGACGCUGCCUUCUGAGGGAUAAAACAUUCAUCUUGCUUGGUGAAGAGUGCAGACAAGACCAAUGUGGGGCAAUCAGUUUCAGUCCGCGUCCAAGUCAGGCUCGCAUGGAGGCCAGCAACAGUCGCUGCUUGGACCUGGGCCGCCAUCCAUGCAGCAGGCAUUGCUACAGGACCACCAGCAGUCAGGCCAGUCGCAGAAGCAGCGAGUGUUUACAGGAGUGGUCACAAGUCUCCACGACUACUUUGGGUUCAUUGACGAGGAAGUGUUGUUCCAUUUGAAUGUGGUGAAGGGUCGGAUGCCCCAGGUUGGGGAGCGAGUACUGGUGAAGGCGGUGUACAACUCUAGUCACUCAGUGCAAUGGAGCGCACUGAAAGUCCAAGUGCAGCCCACUCAGAACCCAUCGCACAUGAUGUCUGGGCAGAAGCAAGGCAUCCUUGGAGCCAAGCCCCAGCCACAGCCUCUGCUCCAAGCACGCAUCCCCUCCCUGCUUUCUUCACAGCCACUGCUCUCUCAGCUCCCCCACAAACCUGGUUUGCUGCAGCCCCUGGUUCACUUGGGUCCCCAUGGCCAGCUCGGACGCAGGAUGGACAUGGGAAUGCGGUCAAUGGGCAGGAAUGGCCGCAUGGACAUGGGUCGCAGAGGUGACAGAAGGGACAAUUACAAGCGGAUGGGCCAGGGCUCCCACAAAAGGUAUCAGGAUAUGGCAUCCGGGGAAGGGCCCGCCAAAAAGGCACGACAUUACAUUCCCUCCUACAAUGUGCAGUAUUCCCGCUUCUGCCUGGACAGCGCUGCUUGUGAUACCAUUGAAGUGCAGCGCCGCUACCCGUGCCUCAACAUCCCAGACACAUUUUUCGAUGGCAGACUGGGCUGGGUGAAUACAUUCCCAUUGACCGAACCUUUUCAGUUAGGCCAGAAGUCUGUUUUCCACGUGAUGGAGAAAGGGCUGGAACCAACUGAGGAACAAGAUGGUCAAAUGGAUCCUCCUGAUGCUGACUCCACCUACAGUGCCAAGGUGAUACUGCUGUCCUGUCCAGACCUCUUGGACCUGUACCGCCAGACCUGCACAAUGGCUGAAGCACCCAAAGAACGGGCCGAGCCGGCUCAGCAUGCCACAAAGCUGAUUAAGUUCUUGGUUGGGAUGAAGGGCCAGGAGGAAGCGAUGGCGAUUGGGGGGAGUUGGUCUCCUUCUCUCGAUGGUCUAGGCCCGGAUAAGGACCCCAGGGUGCUGAUCAAGACGGCCAUUCGCACCACCAAGUUCCUGACUGGCAUUGAUUUGAGCGUCUGUACUCAAUGGUUUCGCUUUGCUGAGAUCCGCUACCUUCAUCCUGGAGAGCUCUGUGAGGGGCGGCUGCUCCCAGCCCGUGUGGAGACUGUGGUUGUAUUUCUGCCGGAUGUUUGGCAUUGCCUCCCUACUCGCUUGGAGUGGGACGCACUGUCCCUGGGAUACACGCAACAACUGACUGACAGGGAGCAGGCAGAGCACAAGGACACGGACCGAGAUGAGGCUGAAGAGAAGAUGGAGGAGCAGGGAGAAGAUGCACCCCCCACCCCCACCCAGUGGAGCCACCUGGAUCUGAAGUCAAUGAAAGUGGAAGAUUUCCGCAGGGAGCUGAAAGCAAGGAACAUGAACUGGAAAGGCACAAAGGCCCAGCUUGUGAGUCGGCUGGAGAAGGAGCUGGAGGAGGAGACAGCGAAAGAAGAGAUGGAGAAAGAUGAAUCUCCAGUCAAGGAGGCAGAGUCGGUCGUGACUCCAGAGCCGAGCCCUGAUGAGGAGCAGAAGCAGGAUGCCGAGGAGAAGCAGCCUGAAGAAGCCCCUGCUGCACCCAAGGUGGAGCCUCGAUGCCCCCUGCCAGCCGAGCCUGCGGUGAUUGUGACCCCCAACGUCGCCGCCAUGGGGGGCAACUUUGGAUGUGCCGUGCUGUCGCUGAGUAACCUGAGGAGCUACCGCAUUGAUUCCAAGGGCCAUUCCUUUGAGGUCCUGUGGCUGGCGGAGAUAUUCAGUGAGAUGUUGCAGAGGGACUUUGGUUACGCCAUCUACAGCGCCCUGCUGGCCUACCCAGAGAAGAAACCAGAGGAGGUCCCGGAGAAGCCAAAGGCAGCCACUGGCGGUCAGGAGCAGGAACAAAAGGAUCAGGACAUGGAGCAAGACGAGAAGCCGAAAGAAGCGAAGGGCGAGGGGGAGGAGAUGGAGAACGCAGAGUUGAAGGACUCUGGAGAGGAGGCGAAGGAGUCGAGCGAUGCCCUGGCUAAAACCACAGCCAUGGAAGAGGAUGACAACUGGGAAUGGGAGCUGACAAAGCCAGAAGAGGGAGAAAAUAAAGAGAAGGAAACCAAAGGAAAGGAAGCGGACGAUGACAGCCUUCUCCAGAUGGACGAUGUUCUGUUCCUGGAAGACAACGAGGAGGAUUUUGGUAUCGCCAAUGCUGGUGAGAAGAAGGCAGCUGAGAAAAGCAAUGAGGCCGAGAGUGCUAAAGAAACGCCGCCAGAGAGGGAUGUCUCCCAGAUGGUGACCCUGCGCAAGGAUCUGCUGCUGGCCUUUGCUUACUUUGACCGCAACCUGUGCAGCUACCUGAUGGAGAAGGACCUGGAGCUGAUCCUCAGCACCGUGGGGCUACACAUCACCAGAUCUCAGAUCAGGCAGCUGUUGGGGAAGGUGUGCUCCCAGAAUAUGUGUCUGUACCGCACGCUGACUGACGGCUGGGAGGGAGACCUGGAGAAGAUGGAGGACAAGAGCCUGGUGCCAGCGGACAUGGUGCUCGGGAACCACCACCUGUUGCCCACGGCAGCCGUGGCAGCGGUGGGAGCGGCGAGCAAGGCCCGUCUCCGGUCUGCCGACGGCAGUCUGGUCGAACACAACGGCAACAUGGUCAACGUGGGCAACCUGAUCCAGAAACUGGAGCGGGACGAGAGGAACCGCGCUGACAUGGAGCACAAACUGCACUCCGUCGAGUCACAACUGGCUGAAGCAGUGGGGAAAGUUUCCUCCAAUGUCACGGUGAACAAGUCCCUGACCACCAAGAUCGAGGACACGCAGAAACAGGUGACUGAGCUGGAGGAUCGGGUCAAAACCGCCGAGAAGCUGAAAAUCUUCUACGAGCUGCGGCUCCAGGAUAACACCAGGAACCUCAACUCCAUGCUGGAGGAGAUUCAGCGCAUCAUCAAGAAGAAUAAUGCUUUGACAGAGAAGGACAAGUGAGGAGGUUGCCGGUGAUCGAGAGGAAGGAGAGUCCCCGAUAGAAUCCACUCACCUCCCACCACAUAUAGUGACCUGCGUGACCCUUGCUUUCCUUAUCUUAUUAAAGUCCUGACCACCACCAAGUGUCCAACCUGCAAGUGUAUCGAAGUGUGCUGUUUGAUUUCUCCAUCGGCCUGUGCAGGAUGUACAAUUGAGGAGCAGAGAUGGAUGUGUGUGUAUUGGUGUACCUCUGCUCAGUGGGGCCAGCUCACUCCCCAAUCCCCCCCCCCUCCCCCCUGUUGUUAGUGCUCCUGUCUGAGUGAAGACACCUCCAGGCCCUUCUCCAGCUCCAACAAGCCUCGUUCUACCCCCUCUCCGUUCUCAGUGCAGCAUUCCUUGCACAGGCUAAAGCCGGGUGUAGGGUCAUUCACAGGGUAAACCCUGUCCCGUUUCUCCCCCCGCAUUGAGCUCUGUGGCAAUGGACCCCUCUCUCCCCCUCCCCUUUAGAUGCCUUCCUUCUGGGCCCUUGACCAAACCCCUUUCUGUCAGGAUGUCACUGUUUACAGUAUAAAGGUUCUUCACCAUUUUUAAAACUUAA